GAAGAAAAAAAAAAGUGUACCAACAACGCAUUGUAAAUAAAAGAAAAUAUAGAAAAUUUAUGAAAAAAUCAUAAAUUUUCUUAAAAAUACUCAAUUUAAUUUUCAAUAAUAAAACUCUAACGACAUGAGUAAUCCUGCUGCACCAUUUGGUAUACAAAGUACAGCUGGAGCUGUGCCCGUAAGAAAUGAAAAAGGCCAAAUUUCUAUGCAAAAGGUGAAGGUUCAGCGUUAUAUAUCGGGCAAAAGACCAGAUUAUGCCAAAUACGGUUCCAGUUCGGAAGACAGUGAUUUAGAGGAUUUUAUAGAUCAUCGCCGCAAACAACAGGCCGCAGCCCAUCAUGAGAGACGUCAACGAAAAGAAAACAAAGAUGAUGAACACAAACGCUACGAAGACGAGCGACAAAAUGAUGAGCAGGAAGAGGAUGAAGCAGAAAUUGACGAUCCUCGUCUUAGGCGUUUGAGAGCCAGACCUGUGGAACCUGAUGAAUUGGAAAGAGAACGUAUGGAACGUCAUCGUCAUAUACAUGAACCAGAAUUACUAGAAGAAAGUGAUUCGGAAGACGAACAGGAGGAAGAACAACGUAUGGUGGAAAAAGCCACCAAUAAAAUAACAUUAGCCUCUGAAUCAGACUCUGAUUCCGAUAUAAGUGAAACUGAAUUGGAAAACAGACGUAUAAAACUAAGACAACGUAUGUUGCAACAACAAAAAGAAGAAGAAAUUCUCCAGAAAGAGGAGGAAAAACAAUCAGAAUCUUCAGACUCUGAAAGUUCCGAAUAUGAAGAAGAAACCGAAAGUGAGGAGGAUAAUGAACCCAGAUUGAAACCUUUAUUUGUUCGUAAAAAAGAUCGUGCCACUAUACAGGAAAAAGAGCGAGAAGCUCAAAAACAAAAACAAUUAGAAAUUGAAGCAAAACGUGCGGCCAAAGAGAGAAGACGUAAUACGUUGCGUUUGGUCGAGGAAAGUGUUAAGAAAGAUUUAGAAAAGACUAAGAAUGAUACGGCUGAACCUCACAUUGAAGAUGUUUGUACAGAUGAUGAAAAUGAUGAGGUGGAGUAUGAAGCUUGGAAAUUGAGAGAAUUGAAACGUAUGAAGCGUGAUCGUGAGGAAAGAGAAAAUGCCGAACGUGAAAUAGCCGAAAUCGAACGUAUGCGUAAUCUCACCGAUGAAGAGCGUCGCCAAGAACUGCGACAGAAUCCCAAACUUGUCACCAAUAAAGCCGUCAAGGGUAAAUAUAAAUUCCUACAGAAAUACUAUCAUCGUGGUGCUUUCUAUUUGGAUGAAGAGAAUGAUGUGCUAAAACGUGACUUUGCUCAAGCCACUUUAGAAGAUCACUUCGAUAAGACUAUCUUACCCAAAGUUAUGCAAGUUAAAAAUUUCGGACGUUGUGGUCGUACCAAAUAUACACAUUUAGUUGAUCAAGACACCACAAAAUUCGAUUCACCCUGGUAUGCUGAAACCUCUAAUAAUAUUAAAUUUCAUAAUGAACGUGCGGGUGGCAUGAAACAAGUAUUCGAUAAACCUUCUUUAUCAAAACGUAAAAAAUUAGAGUAAUUUCUCUUUGGAGUUGAUACUUUUUGUACGUAUUAAGUUACUGUAGUUUAAAUUAUAAGGUAAAUUACCUUUUUAAUAAAUAUAUAUGAUCUUUA